AAUUGCUCGGUAACAGCAAGUGUUAACCAUCUUGUAUCGUCAACUUGUUUUUGCCGAAUACAACCGUUACUUCAGCGUUGAAACUUGGCUGAGCAACUUGCACAACAGACAAAACACUAUGGAAGUCAGGCCUACUUUGGCACUCGCAACAUUGAUCUGCUGGAUAGGUUUGGUCUCUGCACCUCUUGAAGAUGGCACCCUUACCAGUGAUGAUCUACUCGGGAUGCCAGGCGUGAUAGUUUCGAAUAGAAAGGGUCGACUUGAGGAUAUGGUACCCCCUUGUAGCGGUGGAAGGUGUUCUGUACAGGUUGUACGAGCGCCCCAGAACCAGCAACAAGUUGUACGAGCGCCCCAGAACCAGCAACAAGGCUGGAUUGGUUUUGGCACACUCCCGAUUCGCAAAGUAUUUUCAUAUGGCCAGAGCGUGGCUGGAUAUCCAAUUCGCGUAUUAUCCAGUGUUCGUACAUUUCCACAGUCUUCCGUUCUAUCUGGUCUUCUGAAUGGAGGCUCAGCCAACACGGCUACAACAUACCCGCCAGCGACCUCAGCAUACCCAAUAGGGACCCCUUCCAAUCCGCUUCUUUCCACUUCAUUUGGUUUUGGGAAUAGAGGCUCAGACGUCCCAACUUCAUACCCGUCACGGACCCCUUCGAAUUUGCCUGAUUCCUCUUCAACGGGCUAUGGGGGAACAGAUUCUUACGCCACGCCUAUAUUCUCUACAUACUCGCGAGGGACAACACCUCCUUCUCCUCAACCUCAACUAACCAAACAGCCAUCUAGCUUCAGAUUCCCUUGGGCUCAACAGCCUUCUCCUCAACCUCAACUAACCAAACAGCCAUCUAGCUUCAGAUUACCUUGGGCUCAACAGGACAAACCUAUAUUGCUUAGCAUUUUCUAGCAAUAUUGCUGGUUU